AUCAACCUGAAAGUUCACAUCCUAGGGACUGGACCUAAGGGCGUGUCACCAAAAAUGGUUUUGGCAAAAUACCAUACUAAACCGCUCUAGAAAUUUAUUUGACCGUUUCAGAACGCAAAACAUCUUUGCGAACCGCAAUCGGACAUACUUUAGUGACACGCCCUAAGCAGAGCAUUCAUGCACAGGACCGACUCUCCUUAGCUCCUAACCGCUUAGGGUUUUCGUAGUCCAAUCCUCGUUGCGAUCAGAUCGUGCCAUGGCUAAGGCUGAAACUCUCCGACAGGACGGCGCGACGCACAGUGACGGAGGUACGAGAGCAAGCCUAGACGAAGCCACGAAGACCCCUGUUGCGAUGCCCGUAGCAACAGCAGCAGCAGCAAUGACCACUGUAACAGAGACGACAGGAAGUGUAGCGGAAGCAAAAGCAGUCGUAGGAGCCAGAUCACCUGGAGCAGCAGCAGCGGCAUCUGCACCAGGCAGCGAAAGGGCAGCUGUAGCAGGCAGCGAAGGGGCAGCUGUAGCAGGCUGCGAAGGGGCAGCUGUAGCAGGCAGCGAAGGGGCAGCUGUAGCAUGCAGCGAAGGGGUAGCUGUAGCAUGCAGCGAAGGGGCAGCUGUAGCAGGCAGCGAAGGGGCAGCUGUAGCAUGCAGCGAAAGGGUAGCUGUAGCAUGCAGCGAAGGGGUAGCUGUAGCAUGCAGCGAAGGGGCAGCUGUAGCAGGCAGCGAAGGGGCAGCUGUAGCAUGCAGCGAAGGGGGAGCUGUAGCAGCAGAAGGCAAUGAAGGGGCAGCUUUAGGAGCGGGAGGGCCAUCAGUGGACAGCAACGGUGCGGAUCCGAGCAGGCACACACUGUGCGACCAGGGCACUCGUCGCACAAGGUGUCGCGAAGCAGCAAGAAACCGGGAAUUUCGCACAAACGACUGUAGGGAUCAGAACGGAUCUGAGGGCGUAGAGAGCAAGGCUGAGGGGCAGCAGUGUAAGGGCGGGAGAGGGGGAGGCGUAGCGCCAAAGCAGUGUGCGGAAGGAGCUAGUUCCAAAGCAGCGACUAGUUCCAAGCUACCGGCUAGCUCCAAGCCACCGGCUAACUCCAAGGCAGCGGUGCUCCUCGGCCGAGCGUCGGGCCCCACGCGCGUUCCCUCCGUGGCCCUGCACGAGUGCCCUGUCUUCCACCCUUCGCCCGAAGAGUUCGCCGACCCCCUGCGAUUCAUCGCACGUGUUCGCCCAGUCGCAGAGCCGUGCGGCAUGUGUCGCAUAGUCCCCCCGCCAGGCUGGGACCCCCCCUUCGCGCUAGACCGCUCCAAGUUCCGCUUCCGCACCAAGGUGCAGGCGCUGCACCAGCUGCAGCGCCGCCCCGCGCCCGCCGACCCCGCCACCUUCGCGCUUGACUACCUCCGCUUCCUCUCCGCCCUCCGCCUUGCGCCCCCGCCCGCGCUGCAGCGCGCACUUGCGCGCGCGGGGAUGGGGUUGGGGAAGAAAGGGGUUUCUGCAGAGGACAGGGCGGUGGUGGCGGCGGAAGCCAUGCGCGCGGGCGCGGUGGACAUCUGCACGCUGUUCCACGCCGUGCAGCGGCGGGGGGGAUUUGCGCGCGUGAGCGAGAGCAGGGCGUGGGGGGACGUGCUCCGAUGGCGGCUGGAAGAGCUGGAGGCGUGGAGAGAAACGGGCGGGGAAGAAGCGGAGGGGGAGGAUGGAUGCAGCGAGGCGCGUGGGGAGGCGGAAAGUGCUGCAGACGGGAAGAGAAAACGACAAGAACGUGAGGCGGACGGGGAAAAGGGUAGCAAGUCCCAGAAGCGGAACGAUGGCAGCAGCAGCGGGCAGGGUGCGAGUGACGCAGGCAGGUCCAACAGCCAUCGGCGCGCAGCCAAGGGCGUGAAGUACAGCGAAGCGGAGUCGGACGGGGAGGAGGAGGAUGGAGAGAACGAUGACUCGGACAGCGACGACGCGGCAGCGGAUGCGGUGUGCGAGCGGUGCAGAGGGGGCGGCCACGAGGAGCAGAUGCUGCUGUGCGACCGCUGCGACCGCGGCUGGCACCUCUUCUGCCUCUCUCCACCGCUCUCCACCGUGCCGCCCGGCACGUGGUUCUGCCAGGACUGCGUGGCGCGCCCCCACGACACCUUUGGCUUCACCACCGGAGAUAACAUCUCCAUCGCCGCCCUGCAACGCGCCGAUCGCAUGCUGCGCGAGCAGCUCUUCGGCGCCAAACAGGCUGGCGCGCUGACGUCAGCGCAGCUGGAGGAGGCGUUUUGGCGGAUAGUGGACGGCGCCGUGGGUCCGGUGGAGACGCUGUAUGGCAGCGACAUCGACACCGGGGUCAGUGGCAGCGGCUUCCCCAGGCGCGGCGAGCCCGUGCCGCCGCAUGCGGUGCAGAGCGGUGUGAGCGAGGCGCGGUGGCGGCAGUACGCGGAGGCGCGGUGGAACCUGAACAACCUCGCGCGGGACGCGGCGUCCGUGCUGCGGUAUGUGGAGGACGCCAUCCCCGGGGUCAUCGUGCCGUGGCUGUACAUGGGCAUGAGCCUCUCCGCCUUCUGCUGGCACUUCGAGGACCACUGCUUCUACUCCGUCAACUACGUGCACUGGGGAGAGCCCAAGCUGUGGUAUGGUGUGCCAGGGCAUGCAGCAGAGGCGUUCGAGAAGGUGAUGCGGUCGGCGUUCCCGGACCUGUUUUCAGCGCAGCCGGACCUGCUGUUCCAGCUGGUGACCAUGCUGCACCCCAUGGCGCUGCACCGCGCCGGGGUGCCCAUCUUCCGCACCGUGCAGGCUGCGGGGGAGUUCGUCAUCACCUUCCCACGCUCCUACCACGGGGGGUUCAAUCAAGGAGUGAACUGUGCCGAGGCCGUCAACUUCGCCCCGUGUGACUGGCUGCCGUGGGGCGGGCUGAGCGUCGAGCGCUAUCGCCUGUUCCGGCGCAAGUCCAUCCUCUCGCACGAGGAGAUGCUCUGCGUGCUGCUCAUGAACAAGCAGCGCGGGCUGCUGCCUGGGGAGAGGGAGGUGGCGGGGGCGGAGGUGCGGCGGAUUGUGGAGGGGGAGCAGCGGGCAAGGGACGCGGUGUGGGCGCAGGGUACCGUGAGGAGCGCACGCAUGGCGCCACAUGCCAGGGCGGAUGCCAUCACCGAGGAAGAGCAGGAUCUCGAGUGCCUCAUCUGCCGCUACUACCUCUUUCUCUCCGCGGUCGUCUGCUCCUGCCGUCCCCGCGAUGCCGUGUGCCUGCAGGGGCAGCACCAGCAGCGGCAGCAGUGGCAGUCAGAAGGGCGAGUCCGUGUGCUGCCCGGCUGCGCCCAUCACGUAUUCUCGCCGCGUCAGCCCUGGUGGGGCUGGCGGUGCGAUGGGCGCGCCUGCCAUGUGCGGGCUGGCGAGCAUAGGCGUGAAGCACCGCCCCUUUCUGUUGUGGCAGGCUUGCUCCGUAAGGCACCUGUGGAGGGGCGUGUUGAUGUGAAGGAAGAAGCGGUGGAGGCGGAGACAGAGAUGGGCCACGGGGGGAACUGCGGCGGGCAAGGAGGGAGGUGGAGAAGCACAGGAGGGAGGGAAGGAAGUGGAGAUGGCCGGGCUGUGUGAGGAAGACGCCAGCGUUGUCAGGCGAAGCAGCCGACGCGCCGCUGCUGCCGCCGCCGCAGCAGAAGCCGUGGAGAGCGUUAAGGAGGA